UGAAUUGUGUCUGCUAUGAACGCACGCGGGUAGGUUUGCAGUGUUCGUGCACAGAGCCCUUGGCAGACGCAAAACAAUGCGAUUACGUGAGGAAGGAUAUUAAUUGAGUGCCGAGACGUCCGUGUGAUGGCUAAACAGAUGUGCGACUCUGAACAAUAACGGCUGUUUCUCUGCGAUUUCCGCGAACAUUCCCGUCCACUGUGUCUGGCGAUCGCAUGAGUCACCGUGCUGGAUUUUAGCAUGACAGGCAAACACUUUGAGGAGGAAGAGGAGGCGCGCGGGGAAAGCAAACAGUCCGAGGCCGUUUUGUCUGCGACAACACGGGGAGGUGCCAACCAGAACCCGUCGGUGUUUGCGCUGUUCACGCCGCACGUACGGGACACGGCGAAACAGAGAAAAUGACACGGCCAGAGUAAUUGGUACCAGCCUACAGUAUGCUUUUUAAAUGAUUCAUUUCCUGCAGCGCGCUUAAUCAUUUUGAGACGAAGCAGCGCCUUUCGAAAUGUUUCUCCAGCAGGCAAAGGGAAACCAUCUGGCUUGUUCAGAUUCUCGUCAUGUGUGUUCGCCCCCUGAAUGCUGGUCGCACGUCGGUGAACAGACGCGGAACGCUGCCGCUUCCCGCCGCAGCCAACUACGUCUCGCCGGGGGCGGGACUAACGCGAAGAGUCACACGCCGUUAUGACGUCACCUCCGCAGUGUCGCGCGCACCCGCUGACAUGAGAGACGCGCGCCUCGUCACAUCAAGGAAAAGCUACUGUUGAACCGAAGGCACCAUGGCGACACCAACGUCUUUAGAUCCAGAUUUGGUUCGGGAGGUGCUAGAAUGUCCCAUUUGUCUGGAGACCUACAACCAGGAUCAGCUUCGACCCAAACUGUUGCAAUGUGGUCACUCUGUGUGUCGUCAGUGCCUUGAGAAACUCCUCGCCAGCACGAUAAAUGGCGUGCGCUGCCCCUUCUGCAGCAAGGUGUCUCGUAUGAGUAGCAUUUCCCAGCUGGCUGACAAUCUCACUGUGUUGAAGAUCAUCGACUGUGCAAGUUCAUGUGGCUCAACCAUGGGUCUCAUGUGCAAGUCUUGUAAAAACCGUCUGCCCCGGCAGUACUGCAAUGACUGCAGCAUCGUGUUGUGUGAUAUUUGUAAAAACGACGGUCACCAGCAUCAGGGUCAUGUCGUACAGGCAAUUCGCAUGGCUGCCGAACAGCGCCGGAAGGACAUCAACGGGAAGCUCGCUAACUUGCGGGAAGCAAUGGGAAACAUUCAGAAGAAGAAGGCAGCUAUUGACAACGUGACAAAAUCCCUCAGACUGAAGUACAAGGCUGUACAGCAGGAAUACGCAAAGGCUGAGUUGCGGCUCCAGGAGGAACUUGGCCGUUCGCGUCGUGCCUUUGCUACCUCCUUGGCCGAAAUAGAGAAACUCAAUGCCCAGAUUCUGGAGGAACAAACGUACUUGCUUAAUAUUGCUGAGGUGCAGGUGGUGUCUAGAUGUGACUAUCUAACCAUGAGGAUGAAGCAGACUGAUAUUGCUCUACUGGAGGAAGGGAGCAACAAUGAAGAAGAAGAGUUAGACUUAAAAACCAAUCUGCCUGUUCUUCUAAAACUACAAGACCCUGAAUUUGUUAAAACAGACUGCUCGAAACCAUUGGACGUUGGGCAACUGACCACAAAACCCUGUACUGUCAAUGCUGAGGAAGAAGACAGACUUGAUUUUGCCACUUCUGUUGCCGCCCCUUUAGACAUUUACCGUGAUAUUGACAUGGAAUCAGCAGUGGAAGAGGCCGUUUGUGCUUCUCCCGGCAGCUUUAAGUCUAAGUCUGUCGAUGGUGGUGGACCUUCUCCAGGAGCUUCUGGUGGGCAACUCUGUCAGUUUGUGAAAAAGAUGGGCUGCAAGGGCAAUCUGCCGGGCAUGUUCAACUUGCCGGUAAGCAUUUGUGUCACGCCGCAGGGUGAGGUGCUCGUUGCCGACCGAGGGAACUACCGCAUCCAGAUCUUCAACCGCAAGGGCUUCCAAAGGGAGAUACGGCGCAACCCAAGCAGCAUCGACAACUUUGUCUUGAGCUUCCUAGGUGCUGACCUGCCCAACCUCAUCCCGCUAUCCAUUGCUAUCACUGCUCAGGGCCUCAUCGGUGUCACUGAUAACUAUGACAACUCUGUAAAGGUUUACACCACUGAUGGCCACUGUAUUGCUUGUCACAAGAACCAGCUCAUCAAGCCAUGGGGAAUCGCGGCCAUGCCUUCGGGCCAGUUUGUUGUGUCAGAUGUCGAGGGGGGAAAGCUGUGGUGCCUGGCCGUGGAUCGUAAUGUAGGAGUUGUGAAUUACAACCGCCUAUGUUCGGCUGUCAGGCCCAAAUUUGUAACUUGUGACUCCUCGGGUACAGUCUACUUCACACAGGGCUUAGGUCUAAACAUCGAGAAUAGACACAAUGAACACCACCUUGAGGGGGGUUUCUCAAUCGGCUCUGUGGGAAUGGAUGGCCAGUUGGGAAAGCAACUCAGUCACUUCUUUUCAGAGACCGAAGACUUUCGAUGCAUUACCGGCAUGUGCGUUGACUCCAACGGGGACCUGAUUGUCACAGACAGCGGCCGUAAGGAGAUAUUGCAGUUUCCCAAAGAAGGUGGCUAUAAUAUUCUUAUUCAGGAGGGCCUAACCUGCCCUGUAGGGGUAGCUGUUACCCAAAAGGGACAACUGCUUGUCUUAGAUUGCUGGGACCACUGUGUGAAGGUCUACACUUACUUGCAAAGGAGACGUUCCUCUACAUGUUAAGACUGCUGUGUGGAAAACUUAUAAGACUAGUCACUUUAAUUAAAUGGCUUAAUUACAAAUGCGUUUGCUUCUCAGUGAUUUCUGACCCAUGGCUUGCAAUGGCCCGGAUCCGGCAGCUAACCUGGCAACCAUUCACCACUGCCAUGGAGCAACUGGAUGACGACUUAAGGGUAUUAUUAUGGAAGGUUUGGGCAAACGGAUUUUGAAAUAUAGCACAACUGAUGGCAAUAACUGACAAUGUUGUUCUUUAUGUGUGCAAGUCAGUUCUUAAAUGUUUUUUAUUUUUUUCUGGGCUGCUGUAUAGGCAUUAAGAGUUUCUGAGAAGAUCUUUUGUUGUAGUUGCUGUGUAUAUGAUAUUAAAGGUAUAUUCCUGCUUCUAUACGAGUAAGGCUCAAUCAACAGCAUUUGUGGCAUAAUGUUGAUAGUCACAAAACGACUCAAAAAUUAAGAACACAAAAAUAUAGGUUAUAGUGAGGUAAUUAUUAUGUAAAUGGCGCAAAUUUUCUCACACUUUGCGACAAUUCAGAUUAAGUAAAAUUAAAGUAAAACAAAGAUUGUGCAGCAAAAAAAAAUAGCGUAGCAGACCAACUUGAUUUUCCUGGAUCCUGAUCCUUGAAAUAGACUCUAGGCAACCCUAUUAGAAAGUUGUUGUUUUUUUCCACUACAUUCUUGUUAACGCUAAUCUUAUUUCACUACAUUCUUGUUAACACUAAAAGUUUUAACGUUUACAAAUUGGCUCCAUCCACUUCCAUUAUCUAAAUGCCUCACUUUAACACAGAUUUUUGCAUUGUUUAAUGUAAUGAUGGCUGUUGUUGGGGGUAAUGGACAAUGCCACAAGAGCUGAUGAUUGAGCUUAACUUGCACUGAACCCAGAAUAUUCCUUGAAUGGGAAGGACUGCUGUUGAAAAUGUGAAACGUGCUGACUCAAAACACUUGUGUGAGUGUAAUGGUCGUGUGUAACUGUUGUAAUGAGAUCCCAUAAUGCCCUUACUAUAUUAAAGUGCCCCUUCAUACCUAAAACCUGUGUCAUUAACCUUCUGAUUUAUGUAUCAGUAUCAAUCUUCCGUAUAUUAUAUACAGUGACACUAAAGAACAAUAAGCUUGAAAAAAAAUGUUCAGUAAUUGUUACCACAACAGAUGAGAUCAUUAAAUGUUCUCCGUUAAGUUGUCUCUUAUUGUUAAUUGUUUACUGUGAAUUGGUUUAUAGUACCCCGGUCUGUGAUAGCAUUACUCUGUUGCAGGAACCAAAGUUAGGGUUAAAUUCAGGAGAUAUUUACUAGCGUAUCACCAGAGUAAAUGCAAUAGUUGGACGGAAGCAGAGAAAUGACUCAGCAAUUUAUUAAAAUCAUGUAUGAAAUAAUAUUUUGCAUUGAAGUGUCCUUGUAUCAAAGAGCUGGAUCUUACAACUCUCCUGCUUGGAAAGCUUUAGAAAGCAUUGAACUCUGUCUUAAAAUUCCGGUUAUGAUAUGGGCCUGUAGGUUCAAAUGUGUUCUGGAACCGAUUGUGGCUAUAAAAAUAAUCGCACUUAGAUUAAAACAGAAACCUAUGGUCACAUCUCAACUCAUUGGCUCGCAGAGGAUAGUAUAGUGGAUGCUAAUGCUAAUGUUUUUCAUGUCAGAUUUCUUAUUUAGGUAUUCAGCUACCGUCAGUGUCAUAUCAUAUCGUAUUAUGUUAGAAUAUAAGUUAAACGGCACAUAAGUUUGAGGGUAACUAAUGUCACUAUAGGUUUGUUAUUGCAACACAAGAUUGCAUGUGAAAACUCACAAGUCGGCCAUUAAUUUGCAUCUGUGCAUUUGUGAAAAGUACUUUUCUGGCCUUAUUAAGUUGUACAAAAUGCAUUUGUACAACACGUGCAGACAGCCUGCAUUGGCCUUAUAACAAAUGCACAAGAGAUCCAGAGAUUAUGGUAAUGUGCACUGUCUGCCAGGCCAUUAGAUAUGGAAAAUUAUUUCCAUUGAGUUGCCUGGCCAUGUUAGGACUUUUAAAGACCACUUUGAAUUAUGCCUUUACAGAGCGGGCAGGGUUAAAUAGUUUUUUUCAUUUACCCUAAAACCUAAACUUUAAAUCACGCAAAUCCUUUUGAAAUGCAAGAGUAAAGACACAAUGAAAAUGGAGAUAAGGUAACAAGCACCUUUUAUUCACCUCUUUCUGAUAAUUCGUUCUACUUGUUUUGGCUGUUCUCCAGAGGUUUGUCCAUGUGGCCUUUUUUAGUAAUGUAUUUUUGGCUUGUGUUAGGAAUUGUGCUCUUUCUUUUAAUGCCUCUCACUUAAUAUGCCAUAUAUAUAUAUAUAUAUAUAUAUAUAAUAAAGUGUACACAAGUAAUAUAAGUUUGUACCAGUAUAUAUUGCCAUCACAUUGCUUUUUCUAGUUAUUGACGAAUUGAUUGAUUAGAAAAAAGUUUUUUUUUUUCUGAAAGCACAGGAGUAUGCAAUCAUCUUAAACAACUCGGUAUGCUAACCAACUCAGCAUGACUGAAAAUCGCUAGAGGAAUCAUUGCUAUUUGAAGGACUAGUAAGCAUUAUCAUCAUCAUGGAUGCACAAAGCAUAAUACGAAUAAUGAGGCCCAUGUCUUUUGAUACUUAUUUUUACUUUUAGCAAAUGCACAAAACUCAAUCCACAAUGCAAGAUAUAUAUUUGUCCUUGUGUACACAAUGACCGUCAAUACAAGACUAUCAUGGAUGAUUUUUUUUUUUUUUUCUCCUUUAGUUAUUGGUUGUCAAAGUAUAAUGUAACGUCAAUGGUUCAUGACUUGUUGCGCAAGUAACUUUUAACAUUGUCAUCGUGCUUUAGGUCAAAUGACCUAAACACUGAGUACUUUCCUCAAAGUAUUGUGCUUUUGUCAGGGUUCAAUGGCAGGAGAUUCUGAAUUGACAUAUUUCUUUCAUAAGAUCCAAGCAUAAUCAUGUUCAAGCAUUGAUGUUGGUGUCAGUGAAAUGAGUCCCAAAUUUGUGUUUGUAUUGUUUGUGCAAUAAAAACAACAUCUGA